CUUUCUACUUCUCUCUCUUUCCCCCUUUUCUCUCCCUCCUCUCUUACUUCUGCCUCUCUUCUCCAGCACUGCGUUGUUUUUGCCCAGAAGCCUUUGAGCUUCUGGAGUUUUGAUGCUUGAGUCGCCGGGCUUCCCGACCGUUCAAGCAUGUUGGAGCCGCCCUAUGCUCCCUCCUCCGACGACCCUUUCGGUUUGUUUUUCAAAUCUGGCGACCCUCGACCUUAUCUUGUAGAUCUUGUUAGGUGCUCGCUGUUUUUUGGUUGGCUUGCAGAUUCGGCGAUGGUCCCCUCCAUUUGGCAACUUCUAUCGGUGGCGGUGAACGUGGGAGAUCCCAGAUCUGGCAACCUUGCGACCCACCUGCUGCCUCCAGGGAUCGGCCUUCGCCUGAUCGAGUCACCGCAUUGGCAUCCUAGAGCCUGGCACACCUUCCACAUGGGUAGAUUGAAAGGUGUCUCGUUUAGAUCGCUCGACCGAAGGGCGCUGUAUAACCGCGCCAUUAGUGGUUGUUCGAGUGUCAUGUACCCCUCCGUUUGACCUCUGGAAAUAGGUCUACUCUGAUUUCUUGCUCCUGUUAUAAUUUUACUAUUUAUUAUUCUUGUAGAUGUCGUAUGACGGUGUUUGAAAUAAACCAAUUUCAUUAUG